AUGGCAGCAAGUGGUCAAAUACCCCACAGGUUCCUCCCCCUUUUGGUUUCGAUGAUACCCAUGUUCCUUCUUUGUUCAUCAUCGUCUCAGGUUGUCGCAAGGGAGUUUAUUGUUGGUGGCAAAGAUGGGUGGGUGCUCAAACCUUCCGAAGAUUACAAUCACUGGGCUCAAAGAAACAGAUUUCAAGUCAAUGACACUCUCCAUUUCAAGUACAAGAAAGAGAGUGAUUCGGUUCUGGUGGUGAAGAAAGAGGACUAUGAUUCAUGCAACACCAACAACGCCAUACAAAAGAUGGACGGUGGAGAUUCAAUCUUCCAACUCGACAAAUCGGGUCUCUUUUUCUUCGUUAGUGGCAACGUUGAUAACUGCAAAAACGGUCAAAAGCUUAUUGUUCUUGUCAUGGCUGUAAGACACAGUCUUCCUCAGCCUCCACCACCGGAGAGUACCUCGCCGCCGAAGGAAUCUCCGGCGAAGGAUUUGUCUUCUCCGGUUCCGGCUCCGUUGAAUAAUGUUUCGAGCUCAGCAAGGGUCGGUGUGAGUGUGGGUUUGGGGGUUGUUUUGAUGUUAACUGGCUUUGCAGUGCUGGCUUAG